CCGGAAUCCCCGCAACACCACCCACCAACAAUCAUAAUGGCAGAUCCAUCACCACCGCCCACGAAGAAACGGCGGCUCUCAUCCCCACUUCUGCCUGCCGAUGCUGAAGACAGUGAAGAAAGCACCGAUACCAAACUCGCUCUCCUAUUAUCCCUCCACCCCACCGUCUCGCUAACCACACUGUUGGAGACACUCCUCGCCAGCAAUGGCUCCGUCCAUACCGCAUCGUUGCUUCUUUCCGAUUCGCCUCCCAGGCGACCCACCAAACAAGCCCGCCAGCAAUCCUCUCUCUCAUGUUUUCUCCGCCAGCCUACCAGUAACGUAGCACCCAAACCCGUCCGCCCGCCCAAGAAAGGCGAGACACUGCAUCUAUAUACUCCCGCGUCCAUUGCCUACGCGCCAUGUCCUGUCGAACUCAUCCAAUCGUUCCUCCCACCAUCCCUGGCAAUUUCUCUCCUCCGCGAGCUCCUUGAAGAAUCCAACACCUUCCCACCGCCAUUAUCCUUCCGGCUCUUCGACCGCGAAGUCACCAGCCCGCACACCAGCGGUUUCUUCCUUCGCAAUCCCGCCGAAGACACAGAGCAGUACCAUUCCUACCAAUCUCGGCCGCUCAUGGCAAGAGCGUACACACCGUCCAUGCGCACCGCCACCAAACUAGUUGAGGAUGCGGUGAACGCAGCAAUCACGGCGCGCUACGAGGGCCAGAAGAAGCCGUGGGGUCUCAGUCCCAUUCCGUGGAGCACCAACGCGGCACUGGUGAACCGCUACCAGGGCGCGAAACAAGCGGUUGGAUGGCACACAGACGAGGUCACGUAUCUCGGUCCCAUGGCGGUGAUAGCUGGGCUGAGUUUGGGUGUGGAGCGGGAGUUCCGCGUUCGGAGGGCUUCGAAAGAUGACGAAGAAGAUCCGGGUGAGGGCGCAUAUGCGGUUCAUCUGCCGCAUAAUAGUCUCGUUAUCAUGCAUGCGGGUAUGCAGGAGGCGUGGAAGCAUUGUGUGCAUCCCGUGAGGGCGAUAGAUCUACAUCCGGUCUCGGCGGAUGUCAGGAUCAAUAUCACGUAUCGAUGCUAUCGGCGGAGCUUAAAACCCGAGUUGACGCCAAGAUGUAAAUGUAAUCUUCCGAUGACCCUACGCGCAGUGUUUUCGCCCGACCCUACAGAUGCGGACGCUCCCCGCCGCUACUUCUGGAACUGUGCGGCGCCGUACCGUGCAGACACGGGUGAUGGCAAAGGUUGCGGCUUCUUUGAGUGGGCGCAAUUUGAUGAGGAUGGGGAGCCAGUGCGGAACAAAGGAGUCAAGUCAGAUUAGUAAACCUUUCGCACCUGGUCUUCCUACAGCCAGUACAGCUUAUUCUCCUAUGCCUUCCAACAUAUGCCUUCCUACAGAUGUCUUCCUACAUAUGCCUUCCUACAGAUGCCUUCCUACAUAUGCAUUCCUACAGUAUCAGGUCUGCCUCGCCGCAGAUUGCACACUGUUGUGACGGAGGAGCUGUCGGCGAGAUGAGGGAGUGAAGCAAGUGCUGUCGGCGGGAGUAAACGAAUGAUAUGUGUUUGGUAGUGGCAUCAACGUUGGUGGGCAUGGUGGGGCAUGUGAGAUAUCCUGCCAAAAAUUAGCUCAUUAUAGUACAGAAAGAUAGAACAGC